AUGAUGUCUUUCGAAGAUAAAGUGAUCGCUAUCACUGGCGCAGCCUCCGGAAUGGGGCUAGCCACAGCACAGCUCCUCGCAAGUCGAGGCGCAAUAAUCUCUCUCGCAGAUAUAAACGAAAACACCCUAGAAAAGGCUGUCCUUUCCCUCCCAAAUAGCGAUAAGCAUAUCUCCACAGUUAUGGAUGUGCGCAAUAGCAAAUCAGUGGAUACAUGGAUCCAGUCGACUGUCGACAGGUUAGGCAAGCUGGACGGUGCUGUAAAUAUGGCCGGAGUGAUCACGUCUGCUGCUCCGAUCAUAGAAGAGACCAAUAACAAUUGGGAUUUUACAUUUGCUGUGAAUACACGCGGGGUAUUCUUCUGCUUGAGGGCUCAAUUAAAAGCAAUGAAGGCCGGUGGUAGCAUCGUAUCUGCUGCAAGUGUGUUCGGUCAAAUGGGUGCCCCCGGUGUCUCGGCCUACUGCGCUAGCAAAGCAGCUGUUAUUGGGUUGACACAGACGGCAGCAAAGGAGAAUCAGUAUAUUCGAGUAAACUGUGUUUCUCCAGGGUCCGUCAAUACGCCCCUCUCCGCUAGUGAAAACUCUGAAGAUGUAAGGCGUGGCUUGCGAAAGACGGCACAAAAACGACAGGCAGAGCCAGGAGAAAUUGCGCCUGUGGUCGCAUUUCUCCUCAGUGAAGAGGCGAGCUUUGUGACUGGAGCUGUGUACAAUGUGGAUGGAGGUUGGAUGUGCUAG